AUGUACAAGUCACCACCACCCCCUCCAUAUAUGUACAAGUCACCACCACCCCCUCCAUAUAUGUACAAGUCACCACCACCUCCUCCAUAUGUCUACAAGUCACCUCCACCUCCUCCAUAUGUUUAUAAGUCACCACCACCUCCUCCAUACAUAUACAAGUCUCCUCCACCUCCGCCAUAUGUUUACAAGUCACCACCACCUCCCCCAUAUUACAAAGCGCUUGGUGGAACACAAUCAACAGCAGCCAACAGCAACCACCACGACCAAGUCAGUAAGCAGCAGCAGGUGAAAUAUGCUUUUGAUCUUAUUUCUAAAGCUGGCUUAUCUGAUAAUAAAAUUUUUGACACAUCUUUUGAAACUAAUGUCAAAAUAAAAGCUAUUGAUGGAGAACUUCUCAAUGAUGCUAUUUUGCAUAGACAGUUGGUUGGUAGUCUUAUAUAUUUGACAAUUACAAGAUCUGAUAUUAGUCAUGCAAUUCAAGUUGUAAGCCAAUUUAUGGUAGCACCUCGGACAAUUUACUUUGCUGCAGUUCUUAGGAUAUUGAGAUAUUUGCGAGGAAUGCUACAUAAAGUCACCUCCACCACCUCGUACGUGUACAAGUCACCUCCACCUCCUCCAUAUGUUUAUAAGCCACCACUACCUCCUCCUUACAUAUACAAGUCACCUCCACCUCCAUAUAUUUAUAAAUCACCACCACCUCCUCCAUAUGUGUACAAGUCACCUCCACCUCCUCCAUAUGUGUACAAAUCACCUCCACCUUCUCCAUACAUUUAUAAAUCACCACCACCACCUCCGUAUGUAUACAAGUCACCACCACCCCCUCCAUAUAUGUACAAGUCACCACCACCUCCUCCAUAUGUCUACAAGUCACCUCCACCUCCUCCAUAUGUUUAUAAGCCACCACUACCUCCUCCUUACAUAUACAUGUCACCUCCACCUCCAUAUAUUUAUAAAUCACCACCACCUCCUCCAUAUGUGUACAAGUCACCUCCACCUCCUCCAUAUGUGUACAAAUCACCUCCACCUUCUCCAUACAUUUAUAAAUCACCACCACCACCUCCGUAUGUAUACAAGUCACCACCACCCCCUCCAUAUAUGUACAAGUCACCACCACCCCCUCCAUAUAUGUACAAGUCACCACCACCCCCUCCAUAUAUGUACAAGUCACCACCACCUCCUCCAUAUGUCUACAAGUCACCUCCACCUCCUCCAUAUGUUUAUAAGUCACCACCACCUCCUCCAUACAUAUACAAGUCUCCUCCACCUCCGCCAUAUGUUUACAAGUCACCACCACCUCCCCCAUAUUACAAGUAA